UCCUUAACCCUUAUCCAUUCGCCUUCUCCCUGUCAAAAACCUCAGCAAACCAAGUCAUCGUUUCAACCCCAACCGGAGCUGAACUAAUCUUCCCGAUGGCUCUGCUCCCACUUCCCCACCAAUCUUCUCUUUUUUCUCUGCAACAUAAACCUAAAACCCACAUCCCCAACAUCUCUUCCGCUUGUUUUCUUCAUCCGUUCUCUCCCUUCAGCGCCACUCUUCGCUUCAAAGCUACACCAUUUACCAGUUUCGUCCUCCAUUUCUCUGCCACUACCCAACACCCUGCUUUACAAGUGAAAGAAGAAGAAGAAGAAGAAGAGUUAUCAAAAACCAGAUUGAUUGCCCAGAACGUGCCUUGGAGUUGUACCGUCGAAGACAUUCGUUCUUUGUUCGAGAAAUAUGGCACUGUCGUUGAUGUUGAGCUUUCAAUGCAUAACAAGACCAGAAAUAGGGGAUUGGCUUUUGUUUCCAUGGCUUCGCCUGAGGAGGCUCUUGCGGCUCUCAAUAAUCUUGAGUCCUAUGAAUUCGAGGGUCGUACUUUAAGGCUCAAUUAUGCUAAACCUAAGCAGAAGAAAGCUCCUCCACCUGAUAAACCGAAGCCAGUGCCGGCAUUCAAUUUGUUUGUGGCGAAUCUUUCGUAUGAAGUGAGGACUAAACAUCUUAAAGAGUUCUUCAGUUCUGAGGGCGCUAACGUUGUUUCUGCUGAAGUUAUAUUUCAUGAUAAUCCGAGAAAGUCAUCUGGCUAUGGCUUUGUAUCUUUCAAAUCCAAGAAAGAAGCUGAUGCUGCACUGUCUGCUUUCCAAGGGAAGAUGUUUAUGGGAAGAACGAUUCGAGUGCAACGUAGUCGACAAUUCGUGAAAGUUCAAUCGGACGACAGUUCACAAUCCGAUGAUAAAUCGGCUGAGUUGAACCUCAAUUCGGAACAAGAAGCCGUAGAAUGAAGUUGAAUUUGAUUAUACUCGGAGCAAAGAGGUGGUUGUUUGUUACUCCGUAGGUAAGCAACAUAUGUAAAUGAAUGUUUCAGCCAUUUGAGCUCUCUUGUGUUAUUUUGGUGACACUU